UACUUGCUCUUAAAGCAGCCGUCACUCUACUAACUGGACUGAACUCCCAUUUUCAUGAUCGCCUUUAACUACAGAGGACAAGGAAGUAUCUGAAACUUAUCUACGGCUAACUAAGAACAAUAAAACCAUGAGAGACAGACUGGGACACCUGCAUCAGGUACAGACUGACACUGAGGGUUUCAGUACAGUGCAGCUAGAUAACCUAUCAGAUUAUGAAGCAACAGCUGAAGAUAAUGAGCUGGAUGAUGUCCUGAAGGAGGCCCAGCUGAUACGUCUGGAAAUCCAGCAGAUCCAAAAUGACAUCAGAGAUCUGAAGGACGUGAACUAUCAGGCUUUGAAUAAGACUUCAGACUCCAUCGUGAUAAAACGGGACUCCAACGCAAUCGGGGCAGAUAUUAAACGCAGUGGUGAAGCUGUGUUGCAGAGGCUGCAUAUGCUAAAUAACCUCAGAGGUGAACUGGAGGUCCAGCGCGGCAGUUUGGACCCCACAGUGCGCAUUGCUCGAACACAGUACCACUGCCUGAGCAACGCUCUGCGGGAGGUGAUGUUCAGCUACAAUGACACAGAGAUGAACCACAGGGAAGCCUGUAAAAAGCAGAUCCAGAGACAGAUGGAGAUAGUGGGUAAGGAGGUUAGCAUGGAGGAGCUGGAGGAGAUGAUGGAGGGUGAAGAAUUGACUGUGUUCAGCACCCAGAUACAAGGGAAAUCUACCCGGUCUGCCCUAAUGCAGAUAGAGAGCCGGCACCAUGAGCUGCAGGAGCUGGAGAAGAGAAUCGCGGGAAUCCAGGAACUGUUCCUAGAUGUGGCUGUCCUCGUGGAGGAGCAGGGCACAGGAGUGGAAAACAUCCAGAAAAAUGUUCAAAAUGUUGGUGUGAUCAUUCUGGAAAGCAGGGUCUAUUUGGAUAAUGCCAUUAAAUCUGAUAAAAACAACCCCUUCAAGAAGCUGUUUUGCGCCUGCUUUCCAUGUUAUCACAAUUAGGUCUUAUGAAGCUUUUAUU